GGUAAUUGACUCAUCAUCACAGUCUCUUUCUGAUUUCUAUUUCUACUUACCUUCUUCCUCAUUCCUCAUCCUAUCAAACCAUUCAUUCACUUCAGAUAAAACUUCUCAAACAUACAAUGACUACAACACGUCAAUCUACUCGGGAUCGAUUCUUAGAAGUUUGGCCAAAGAUUAAAGAGGUUUUAUUAGAUCAAGCAAAACAAGAAAAAUUACCAUCAGAAGCAUUUGAUUGGUUUGAAAGAAAUUUAGAUUAUAAUACACCUGGUGGUAAAUUAAAUAGAGGAACUGCUGUAGUUGAUACUUUUAGAAUUUUAAAAGGAGAAGAAUUAACUUCAGAUGAAUUUUUCAGUUCUGCUGCUUUAGGAUGGUGUGUAGAAUUACUUCAAGCUUAUUUCCUUGUAGCAGAUGAUAUGAUGGACCAAAGUGUCACAAGGAGAGGUCAACCAUGUUAUUAUCGUUUGCCAGAAGUCGGUAAUAUAGCUAUCAAUGAUUCCUUCAUGUUAGAAGGUACUAUCUAUAUCAUCUUGAAGAAAUUUUUCCGACAACAUCCUUCUUACGUCAAUCUACUUGAAUUAUUCCAUGAUGUAACUUUUCAAACUGAAUUAGGACAAUUGAUCGAUUUGCUCGCUGCACCUGAAGACCAUGUAGACCUGAACAAGUUUUCAUUAGAAAAGCAUCAAUUGAUUGUUUUAUACAAAACUGCAUUUUACUCUUUUUACCUACCAGUGGCUUUGGCAAUGCGAUUGUAUGGAAUGACUUCACCAAAUGACCCUGGUCAAAGUGAAAGUAACGAAUGUAAGAAUGGUACAAAGACUGAUUGUUAUCGUCAAGCCAUGGAUAUCCUUUUGCCACUAGGAGUUUAUUUUCAAGUUCAAGAUGAUUAUUUGGAUUGUUAUGGUGAUCCAACUGUGAUUGGAAAGGUUGGAACAGAUAUAGUGGAUAAUAAGUGUUCUUGGAACAUUAAUACUGCUUUGAAGUACUGUACACCUGAGCAAAGACAAGUGCUUGAUGAUCACUAUGGUAAAAAAAAUCCGGAAUCUGAAAAGAAAGUUAAAGAGAUCUUUUCAGCUGAAAAUAUUGAUCUUUCAAAAAGGUAUCAAGAAUAUGAAUCAGAAUCUUAUCAAAAGUUGAAUGGAUUGAUAUCCGAAAUUGAUGAUUCCAUUCAAGGAGGUCUCAAACAAGAUGUAUUCAAAAACUUUCUAGCCAAAAUUUAUCAAAGAAGUAAAUAAAUUAGUUUGAAAGUCGAUAAAUAUAAACCAUAUAUAUCAUGGAAUACAUGUGAGCCGAAAAACUUAUUUCUUAAAAAAACACAUUUUGCAUAAACAUAUCGUAAACAUCUUCAGCUUCACAAACCAUUUCCGUCAUGCAAUUCAUUCAAAUUCUCAUCGUUUGGUUCUUCAAAAAAGUUUGUAUUUGAAAAGAUUUACAUAGUU